GAGCGGGCGUUGUUACCUCGUCUGCCAUUUUGAUUAGAUGUACUUUGCGCAGUGUAUGGUCUGAACUGGCUCUUAUUUAUAUAUCAUAGUAUUCCGAGUUAAAGCUAUAAUAUUUUAGGAAAAAAUGCUUUCCGCCGCCCAGUUACUCGAUGAGUUAAUGGGCCGAGACAGAAAUUUGGCCCCGGACGAGAAGCGAUCCAACGUACGAUGGGACGACGAGAGCGUCUGCCGAUACUACCUAUGUGGCUUCUGUCCAGCCGAGCUUUUCACAAACACACGCUCUGAUUUGGGCCCUUGUGAGAAAAUCCACGAUGAAAAUCUCAGAAAAAUGUAUGAGAAAAGCUCUCGGUUUAUGAAAGAGGGCUAUGAGCGUGACUUCCUGCGGUAUCUGCAGUCACUCCUGGCAGAAGUGGAACGGCGGAUCCGUAGAGGGCACGCCCGGCUUGCACUUUCCCAGGCUCAGCAGAAUGCAGGGGGACCUGGUCCAUCAGGAAAGAAUGAAGAAAAAGCCCAGGUUCUAACAGAGAAGAUUGAAGACCUGGUUGUACAGAUUGAGGAGCUGGGUUCAGAGGGUCGUGUGGAGGAGGCUCAGGGAAUGAUGAAGUUGGUGGAGCAGCUGAAGGAGGAGAGGGAGCUGCUCAGCUCCACCCCUUCGACCAUUGAAAGCUUUGCAGCUCAGGAGAAACAGAUGGAGGUGUGUGAGGUGUGUGGAGCCUUCCUCAUUGUGGGUGAUGCACAGUCCCGAGUAGAUGACCAUUUGAUGGGCAAGCAGCACAUGGGCUAUGCUAAGAUCAAAUCCACUGUAGAGGAACUUAAGGAAAAACUGCGUCGCCGUUCUGAGGACCCUCAAGGUGAAAACCCAGCCCUCAAACGGGACAGAGAAGACCGCGAGCGCGAGAGGGAGGAACGGGAGAAAAAGCGCAAAGAAGAAGAGGAGAAGGAGAAGGAGCGAGAGAAGGAGAGGGAACGAGAGAGGGAGAGAGAGCGCGAGAGGGAGAGAGACAGAGAGCGGGAACGAGAGAGAGACCGCGAGAAGGAGAGAAGAGCGCGUAGAAGCCACUCCAACAGCCGCCACUCCAGCCGAGCGUCAGACAGGAAACGGAGCAGGUCCCGUGACCGCCGGAGGUCCAGAAGCAGAGACAAGGACAGGGACCGGGACCGCAGGCGCAGCAGGAGCCGGGACAGAGAAAGGAGGCGCAGCCGUGAGCGUUCGGACAGGAAACGGCGCUCACGCAGUCGUGACAGGAGGCGGUCGCGCAGCUCAGAACGCAAGUCUCAUCGUCACCGUAGCCACAGCAGGGACAGAGACAGAGGAAAGGACAAAGAGAAAGAGCGGUCAUCAAAAGACAAAGACCGUAAGGCGACAGAGGAGAAGAGCAGCUCUAAGAAAGACAAGCACGGUGACAGCGAUGCAGCUGCCGUCAAGGCUUCAUCAGAGGUGGAACCGAUGCAGACUGAGGCGCCUGCCUCCUCCCCUCUGCUUAAUGGCCAGCAAGAGCUCCUCCAUUCUGAAGGUGACACUCAGUCCAAUUAAAACUGAUCUGAUAGGACCUCAGAUCAGGCUCAGGUAAGUGCGUCCUCCUCUUCACUCCCCCUCUGGCUCUUAACCCACCCUUUCACACCCCUCCAACCCUCCCGCCUCCCUGUACCCUUCCUCUCGCCUUUUCCCAAUCUGUUUAUGUUCAGUUCAAUGCCUAUGAUUUUGUCUUUUGUACUAUAUGCAAAUAUCUUUAUCCUGUUUUUGAUUAGUGCAUCGUAAGUAUGCACUGAAGAUGAAGGACUAGGCCCGAUGAAUGAGAAGAAGGUAGAAAGCAUUCACAGAAAGCCAAGAGGGAAAGGCCAGUGUAGCCCUGAGCAAACAUGCCCGGAGGUACCCCUCGUUUUGUAUCGGUUUCUGAUCCUUAUAGUUGUAUAUUUCACUCUGUGGACAACAUGGCAAAAGAAAAAAAGAAAGAAAAAACACGUUGACUAAACAAAUCAAAUUACCUGCCUGUAUUUAUCUGUUUUUAUUUUAUUUUUUAUUUUCUAGCUUUGAAACCGGAAAAUGUAAUAAUUGUUAUUUGUUGACAUCACAUUCUAUGUAGGGAGGAAAUUUAGUCACUGUGUGUAUACAUGUGUACAUAUAUCAUGGGAAUGUCCCCUUCUUAGGUGUAAACACACGUACAUUUAGCCUUCGUAUAAAAGUGUAUGUGACAAACAAGCCAUUUAUUUAGCCGUAAUCAUAACUCAAAUGCCAUGGAUAUAUAUAUUUUUUUGUCCAGCUUACUGUGCCUGAUAAUGCCAUGCACUGUGUGUUUGGGGGGGGUGUUAUAGACCUGGGGGCCUAAUGUCACUGACUAACUGGAGGGUAGGGUUUAUCGGAUGAAUUGCAGCUGACUUCCAUACCUCACACAGCGUUGGUGUUGUGAGCGAGACCACAUGAGAAAAAGGGCAAAUUAAAAAUCAUGGAUACUGACUGUCAAACUGUGCAGGUACUCACCCCAGGUACUCCUUUCUCUACCCACAUCCAUUUCUGAAUGCUGUUGCCUGUCAGAAAAAAAACAAACUACUGUACAGCUGUAGAUCAUGAAUUGAAAGUUGGAUUGUGUGUACAUUUUGAAUUGUGUUUUCUCUGCUUCUGUAUUUGGUAAUAUGUUGCGGGAAGGGGAGUCACUACUUUGAAUUAUCAGAGACACUGUCAGCCUACUUGAUAUACCUGUGCCAACAGCUGAAAUGUCCCUGACAUUUCUUAGUGUACGUCAAAUGACAGUGUUCAAGCUUCAGCUACAUACAUAUAUAAAUUGUUUUUGGUUAAAGAGGGAAACCAAUUAUGUUACAAAGCAAUCAAUUAGACUUUUCACUUUGGCAAAGGGAAUAUCAAUUAGUUUUAUCACCAGCUGUAGCGUGAACAUAAAUGGUAAUAGACCACAUGGGUUGAUGACUUCUGAAUAAUUGAAUGAAAGUGCUCAUGAAAGUAAAAGGAUACCUUGACCAUUUACACUUAAGGCUUCAAAAGCCCACGUUGCUAGUUAAUUAGCAGUAUGUUGCAUUAUUGGCAGUGUCUCUUUAUAAUUUGCACUUUCCUCUGUGAAUGAAUUGAGGGAUUUGUUUGGCUAGAACAGAUUAUUGUUGCUCAUGUAGCAGCAGAUGUUGCUACAAGCACUUGUUGUGGGACCUUUGCUAACACUGGAUUUUGUGGCCGUUUUUGCUCAACAGGGGAAGCUGGGAUAUCUAGUGGAGGAAGAAGUGGAAGACCACACCCAUCCUUACCCUGAACCUGACACUUCGCUGCUUAAAAACAAGGUGAACCACAAAUGUGUAGUGGCUUAUUUAAGAAAUGAACAUAAAGUACACAUGUAAAUGAGGAAAGAGGAACAUGUUUUUUUCUUGUUUCAUUACCUGUCAAUCCUUUGUGGCUGGAUGAGGAUAGUUGUGGUUCAUCUAAAAUUCAUCUGAUUUAUUGGUUUAGAUGGCAGCCAGACAUCACUUAUUUACCAGAUGUAGAAGUUCUUUCUGGGAUUUUGGUUUGUUUUCUUUUUUUUGGAUAAUCUUUCCACAUCCUCAGUGUUUCUUGGCAUUUAGUGAAAGUGAAAUAAAAACAGUGCUUGUGGUUUGUAUUGGUUUGUCAGGUUCUUAUUCUCUUCCUGACCUCCUUUUUUAAAGUCAGUGGAAAGCGUAUGUACAAUGUAAGACCCUUGACAGGGAGUGUCUCUUUUCUCCUCCACUUAGAGCUCACAUUGAUUGCUCUUGUUCCAUAACUGUAAAAUAUUCUGAAUUAAAUUUCAUCAAAAGCUUUUCAAGACUUGUUUAAUUUCGCCUUGCUUUUAAUGUCCAAUUUGUCAUGUUGAAUAAAAAAAGAAUAAAAUAAA